AAUAUACAUAUUAGAUCUCCUUGACAUUUCUCUCUUCUCUAACGUCAAGGUCAAGGGUUAAUUUGUUUCGUAAUUUAGAGAAUGUCUCACAGGAAAUUUGAGCAUCCAAGACAUGGUUCAUUGGGUUUCCUUCCAAGGAAACGAGCUAACAGACAAUGUGGCAAAGUGAAGGCCUUCCCUGAGGAUGAUCCUACUAAGCCUUGCAGAUUCACUUCCUUCUUGGGAUAUAAAGCUGGGAUGACUCAAAUUGUGAGAGAAGUUGAAAACCCUGGAUCAAAGCUACACAAGAGAGAAACAAAUGAAGUUGUCACUGUGAUUGAGACACCUCCAAUGGUAGUUGUUGGUGUGGUUGGGUAUGUGAAGACACCUCGUGGCUUGUGUACUCUAAGCACUGUGUGGGCUCAGCAUUUGAGUGAAGAAGUAAGGAGGAGAUUCUACAAGAACUGGGCCAUGUCAAAGAAGAAAGCUUUCACAAAAUACUCAGAGAAACAUGAAACUGAAGAAGGUAAAGAGGAUAUUCAAAGUGAAUUAGAGAAGAUGAAGAAGUAUAGCACUGUAAUCAGAGUUAUUGCUCACACUCAGAUAAGGAAAAUGAAAGGGUUAAAGCAGAAGAAGGCUCAUCUACAUGAGAUUCAAAUCAAUGGUGGAGAUGUAGCUAAGAAGGUUGACUAUGCAUACAGUUUCUUUGAGAAGGAAGUCCCUGUAGAUGCCGUCUUUUCGAAAGAUGAGAUGAUUGAUUUAAUUGAUGUUACCAAAGGAAAAGGUUAUGAAGGUGUGGUUAAAAGGUGGGGUGUGACGUGUCUUCCAAGAAAGACUCAUCGCGGGUUACGGAAGGUGGCUUGUAUCGGUGCUUGGCAUCCAGCUAGAGUCUCAUACACAGUGGCUAGUUCCGGGCGGAACGGAUAUCACCACCGAACUGAGAUAAAUAAGAGAGUUUACAGGAUUGGGAAAUUAGGCCAAGAGAGUCACUCAGCAAUGACUGAGAACGAUAGAAACGAGAGGGAGAUCAUUCCGAUGGGAGGACUCCCGCAUUAUGGUGUAGUGAAGGAAGACUAUUUGAUGGUCAAGGGAUGUGUCAUGAGGCCUAAGACGCGGGUGCUGUCUCUGAGACAUUCAUUGGUGAACCAAACCUCGAGGGUUGCUUUGGAGGACAUCAAGCUCAAGUUCAUUGAUACGUCUUCAAAAUGGACAUAUUGUCAUUUCCAGAAUAGUCAGGAGAAGGCCAAGUUCUAUGGCAGACUCAAAGCUUAGAUUUUCAAAAUUCAGUUCCUCGUAUUAGUUUUAUUUUCUAAGUAUUAUUUUACAGAGUUUCUAUUUUCUUGUUGACCAAGGUAAAACGUACUUCUAGGAACUGAAUAGAAACUCUUUAAAGCA